AUGGAGAAUAAAGAUAAUCAACUGUUAAAUUUAAAGGUUAUGAGACUUAGCAAACCUCAUAUACCAGUUAAUAAUUCGAUUUUAUGUGAAAGAGAUGAUAUAGCCAGUGACAUACUGUUUCCACCUUUAAUACAAUUCGGUAAUAACGAUACAUACGGUGGUGGUAUUGAAGCACUCGGUAUCUCGCCAAUGUUACAACUUCAAUCCGGUACAAUAUAUCUCGGUGAAAUAUUCACUUCUUACAUCAGUCUAAACAAUCAUUCUACACAUGAUGUAACAAAUGUAUUCCUAAAGGUUGAAUUACAAACAUCUACACAAAGAAUAUUAUUAUUAGAUUCUGAACAAAGUCCAAUUGCAAAGUUUGGUCCAGGUUUCAAUUCUGAUUUCGUAGUACAACGUGAAGUUAAAGAAUCUGGUGUUAAUAUAUUAUGUUGUGCAGUAAACUAUGUUACACCAGAAGGUGAAAUCAAAAAGUUUAAAAAGUUCUUUAAGUUUCAAGUUAUGAAUCCAUUAAUUAUAAAGACAAAGAUACAUCAUAUACCUAAUCAAAUAUUUUUAGAAGCUUGUCUAGAGAAUGCAACACAAGGAUCACUAUUCUUAGAGUCUAUACUUUUCGAGCCUAGCGAGCUCUUUAACUUUGUAAAUCUAAGUGAAAACAGUCAUAAUGUCAAUGCAACACCGAUUUCCUCACCACCAUUGACAUCUCCUUCCACCACUUCCUCACCAACUUCAAAUGUAAAUUUUAAAUCUAGUGUUGAUUCGAAUUCUAUUUUAUCAGAGAUAAAAUCAACUUCAAAUGUUGUAUUUUUAAAGGAAUCUGGAAGCAGACAAUAUUUAUUCAAGAUUACACCAAAAGAUCCAAAUGAUUUCGAUACAAAGAAUUCAGCAUCAUUAGGAAAAUUAGAUAUUACAUGGAGAUCGUAUUUAGGUGAGAUCGGUCGACUAAAGACAGCAUACAUUCAGAGAAAGAUCAAUAUCGAUGAAGUCGAAUGUAUUCUUACACACAUUCCAAAGGUAGAGUUGGAGAAGCCGUUCGUUGUCACUGCUAAGCUCGUCAAUAAGACCAAUCGUAUUCUCUAUCCACUGUUUGUGUUGGUGCGAAAUAAGAUGGAUGGUAUUCUUGUGAAUGGUCAUCUACCAAAGAUCGGUGCACUACCACCAAACAACUCACUGGAUAUCGACAUUGAGAUGUUCCCAAUUAAACCUGGAAUGCAACAGAUUGUUGGAUUAGCAAUUAAAUUGUUGGAGCCAUCCACCGGUAUUUCAGAAGUAUCAUCAUCAUUGAAUCAACAGCAACAGCAACAGCAACAGCAACAACAACAACAACAACCAAACAUGUUGAAUGUAGGUGGAUCAGCAACAGCUCAGAAGAAUUACUAUGAACUCGGUGUUUUGGCAGAUGUAUUCGUCGAGAAUAACAAUGCAUCAAGUACAGAGUUUUUCACGGAAAUCAACAAGUCUCAAAGGAAGAAUUUGAUCAAAUAA